AGGAGAGUCUGGAGGAAGGGGAGGGGAAAGCGGCGCAGAGAUCGCAGAGACGGAGGAGGCGCCCGCGGCUGCAGAGCUGCAGAGCGGGGUCUCUCGGCUUCUGUGUCCGGGCAACGGGCGCGCCACUGGGCCAGAGGACAGCGCAUCCUUUCCGUGCGGGCCUCCUGGGCCCCUGCGGUCGGCAAACUGGCUCCCCGGGUAGCCACCGGGACCCCCGAGCCCAAUGGCGGGGGCGGCAGCAAGAUCGACAGCACUGUAGAGAUCACCCCCAGCCCCAACGGAGUCGGGACCCUCGGAGAUGCGGUGCCCACGCAGCAGCUGCAGGGUGAGCGGGAGCGCGAACGCGAGCGGGAGGGGGAGGGCCACGCGGGCGGCGACGGGAUGGGCAGCAGCCUGUCGCUGGCCGUGCCCCCCGGCCCGCUCAGCUUCGAGGCGCUGCUCGCCCAGGUUGGGGCGCUGGGCGGCGGCCAGCAGCUGCAGCUCGGCCUCUGCUGCCUGCCCGUGCUCUUCGUGGCGCUGGGCCUGGCCUCCGACCCCAUCUUCACGCUGGCACCCCCGCUGCAUUGCCACUACGGGGCCUUCCCCCCCAACGCCUCCGGCUGGGAGCAGCCCCCCAACGCCAGCGGCGUCAGCGUGGCCAGCGCGGCCCUAGCCGCCAGCGCCGCCAGCCGCCUCGCCACCAGUGCGGACCCCUCGUGCAGCGGCUUCGCUCCGCCGGACUUCAACCACUGUCUCAAGGACUGGGACUAUAACGGCCUCCCGGUGCUCACCACCAACGCCAUCGGCCAGUGGGAUCUGGUGUGUGACCUGGGCUGGCAGGUGAUCCUGGAGCAGAUCCUCUUCAUCUUGGGCUUCGCCUCCGGCUACCUGUUCCUAGGCUACCCAGCAGACAGGUUUGGCCGACGCGGGAUUGUGCUGCUGACUCUGGGACUGGUGGGCCCCUGUGGAGUGGGAGGUGCUGCUGCAGGUUCCUCCACGGGCGUCAUGGCCCUCCGAUUCCUCCUGGGCUUCCUGCUUGCUGGCGUUGACCUUGGUGUCUACCUGAUGCGGCUGGAGCUGUGCGACCCAACCCAGAGGCUUCGGGUGGCCCUGGCGGGGGAGUUGGUGGGGGUAGGGGGGCACUUCCUGUUCCUGGGCCUGGCCCUUGUCUCUAAGGACUGGCGAUUUCUUCAGCGAAUGAUCACCGCUCCCUGCAUCCUCUUCCUGUUUUAUGGCUGGCCGGGUCUGUUUCUGGAGUCCGCACGGUGGCUGAUAGUGAAGCGACAGAUUGAGGAGGCCCAGUCUGUGCUGAGGAUCCUGGCUGAGCGGAACCGGCCCCAUGGGCAGAUGCUGGGAGAGGAGGCCCAGGAGGCCCUCCAGGACCUGGAGAACACCUGCCCUGUCCCUGCAACAUCCUCCUUUUCCUUCGCUUCCCUCCUCAACUACCGCAACAUCUGGAAAAAUCUGCUUAUCCUGGGCUUCACCAACUUUAUUGCCCACGCCAUUCGCCACUGCUACCAGCCUGUGGGAGGAGGAGGGAGCCCAUCGGACUUCUACCUGUGUUCCCUGCUGGCCAGCGGCACAGCGGCCCUGGCCUGCGUCUUCCUGGGGGUCACUGUGGACCGAUUCGGCCGCCGGGGCAUCCUGCUUCUCUCAAUGACGCUCACUGGCAUUGCAUCCCUGGCCCUGCUGGGCCUGUGGGAUUAUCUGAACGAGGCCGCCAUCACCACCUUCUCUGUCCUUGGGCUCUUCUCCUCCCAAGCUGCGGGCAUCCUUAGCACCCUCCUUGCUGCCGAAAUCAUCCCUACCACGGUCCGGGGCCGAGGCCUGGGCCUCAUCAUGGCACUGGGGGCGCUCGGCGGGCUGAGUGGCCCAGCCCAGCGCCUCCACAUGGGCCAUGGGGCCUUCCUGCAGCACGUGGUCCUGGCGGCCUGUGCCCUCCUCUGCAUCCUCAGCAUCAUGCUUCUGCCGGAGACCAAGCGCAAGCUCCUGCCGGAGGUGCUCCGGGAUGGGGAGCUGUGCCGCCGGCCCUCCCUGCUGCGGCAGCCCCCCCCCAACCGCUGUGACCACGUCCCGCUGCUUGCCACCCCCAACCCCGCCCUCUGAGCGACCUCUGAGCACCCUGGCAGGAGGCUGGCCCAUACCGAAAAGUGGCACAAGGCCCUGGCAAGGAGAGCGGGAGGACUGAGUGAGCUCGGCAGGGCUGCCCAAGAGGCUCAGAGGCACCUCGGGCCAGACAUGAAGGAGCGCUCAGAGGGCUGCCCUCACCCCAUCUCCUCCCCACUGCUGCUUGGUGUUCACUUCCUUGGCUAGAGUCAGGGGGCAGGGAGAGAGCUCCACACUGUACUACCAGGUCUGGGCUCCAUCCUGUGCCCAACCACAUCCUCCCAGACCUCAUUCUUUCUUGCUCUAUCAUUCUGUUUCAAUAAAGACAUUUUGAAUAAA